AUGGACCCGAACGAGACCAACUGGAUCGUUCAUGUCAACGCGAACCUCAAGUGCAUGCCCGACGACGAGCAACAGUACUGGAAGGAUCCGUCCAUCUACAGGGUUCCCCCCUCCAUCACCGACCUCAACCCCAAGGCCUACCAGCCGCAGGUUGUCUCUUUCGGCCCCUACCACUACGGCGACCCCCGCCUCAGUUCAAUGGAGGAACACAAGCACCGCGUGCUCCUCCACUUCCUGAGGUACUACCGGAAGUCCCUCGAGCACUUCUUCGAGUCCCUGAGGGAGGUGGCGCAUAAGCUCGAGGACAGCUACGACAAUCUGGACCAGAAGUGGAAGGAAGGCACGGGGAGCAAGUUCCUGGAGCUGAUGAUCACGGACGGCUGCUUCAUGCUUGAGAUCAUGAGGAUCGCGACACUGCCAAGAAGUGAGGCGGAGAAUAAUGGCUAUGCGCCCAAUGACCCCAUCUUCAGCAUCCACAGGCUGGAAUGCAUAGCCCUGUAUAUAAGGCGGGACAUGCUGCUGCUGGAGAAUCAACUGCCGAUUCUAGUGCUGUAUCAGCUGGUUGCCGUCGCGAACAAUGGCAGGGAGGAUGACGUCAAUGAGCUCAUCGGAAAGUUCUACUUCCCCCGUGAAAAAAAAAAGUUCAGGGGGUUGGGCAGAUGCCUGCAUGUCAUGGACGUCUUCAGGAGAGGCUUGCUGAUGGAACCCGAAGAGGUCCAUCACGAACGGGAAAAUGUGGGGUUUGAGGAGACCGAGCCGAUAAUCCGGUCAGCCACUGAGCUCACCGAGGCCGGGAUCAAGUUCGGUAAGAGCAAGACCAACAGCCUCAAGAACAUCUUCUUUGCUAAAGGGCACCUGAAGCUCCCAGUUUUCACCGUGGAUGACACCACCGAGUCCAUGUUCCUCAACGCCAUGACGUUCGAGCGCUUGCACAUCAAGGCUGGGAACGAGGUCACAUCCUACGUCACCUUCAUGGACAAAAUCAUCAACAAUGAGCAGGAUGUCGCCCUGCUCCACACCGAAGGCAUCAUCCAUAAUGAUUUCGGAAGUGACAAGGCAGUCGCCAAACUAUUCAACUCUCUGUGCACGGAAGUGACGCUCCCAUCCAACGAAAACCUCGAUGACGUGCAACAGAAGAUCAGCAAGCACUGCAAGAAGCGCCGGAACAAGUGGAGGGCUAAUCUCAACCGCACCUACUUCAGGAGUCCUUGGACUAUAUUGUCUUUCACCGCCGCCUUCUUCCUCUUCGCUCUCACUAUAAUGCAGGCCGUGUAUACCGUGCUCAGAUACCAUGCAUAA